CGGGAAUCCUCAUCCUGCAGGGCAAUUUAGACCGCCGUCUCCUUGAAGCUUGGUCCUGACACCUUAGGUGAGACGAGAUACCCGCCAAGGAUUGGGCUCUGUACCCUUUCAAACACCUUGUCAUUGUCCAUUAACCCGAGGAAGAUCUCAGUCUCCAUCUCCGUCCGCGGCCUGCUCUGUUGGGUCUCGAUAGCCUAUUCAGUCCUUCUGAGCUUCUAACAGCGGUCCAAUAACCGGUCGUUUUACUCCCCUCCCCAUAUGGAAGGUUCGACGGCCUAGACGUUUGUUCUGACAUCACCAUCUUCGACCCUUCUAAGCCACCUCAUAUAUGGCUUCAUCCCCUCUCGACAUGCCGGAUACUGCGAGUCCAGUGCCUCAUGAAAUGAGCACUCAUCCUAUCGCUCCGCGUGGUCUAUCACCCAUCACAGAGCUCACUACCCCACGAUCUAUCCAAGCGACACUCCCAUUCGAUGAGCGGGAGCGCGAACCUGCUCAUCCGUCCUACGCUUCCAUCAGAGAGGGAGGAUCAUCAGACACGUCAAGUGUAUACUCCCAGCAGACCAUUCAUGAGAGUGGAGAGACAGUAACGCCCAGACCGAGGCAGAUGAGCUUGCCUGAAAUGCCGGACAUGCCAUCCAUGUCGUCUGAUCCGACCCUUCGACCAUUUCUUCGGCCGUCAGACGAUGACCCAGCGAUUGAUUCGCCCCUGAUCUUACCUGGGCGAGUGGGCUCGACCCAACUUCGACGACAGAUAUCUCGGAAGCCUGUUCCUUUGGGUCAAAGAUCAGUCGAAGGUCUGCCACCGCCGCCUCGUCGAAAGGGUACACCUCCCUUACUCAAUUCUGAGCGUCCAGGAAAGACACGAUCAAGGUCUUGGCAACCUCCCUCGAGUACCGCCUCGGACGCUGAGCCUGAUGAACCGGUCCGCGGGUCCUCCGCACAAGAAGUGGACGUCACAUCCAUCUCGUCGGUCUCUCAUGAGUCUGCGGGUCAAGCAGGCAUAGGGGCUGGAAGUUCGCUGCAGCCUUCGGGUGAUAAUACUGGAGAUCUAGACUCCAGCCGGGACGCUAUCUCUCCCGCUUCUACCAUCGUCGAUCGACCGUAUCUCCGACAAUCCCGAUCCCAACCAUCGCUGCCACACCCGAUCAUGGAAGAUUCCCUUUUCCCCCUUGGUAUCCUUGCCCGUGCUCCGCCCAUAGAGCUGCUCAGCGCUUCUCUCAGAGUAUCUCCAGAUGCCACUCCCCCUCUGUCACCCGCAGGCAGUAUCCACUCAAAGAAUGGCAAAAAGGGCAACACACUACGUAAACGGAUGACGAGUCCGAACGGCAGGAAAAAACAACUCUCCGGGGAACGGCCGAGGUCCCAUCUAGGAUUGGAAAGCAUCAAGAUUAGUUCGAGCGCCUCAGUUAAUCGACGGCAAUCACCUCCAAGGCAAAAAUCUACACCCUCACCGCCCGCGCCACAUCAACCACCUUCGAGCCGGAACAGUACUGUCGCUGAUAGAUCCAGACGAAGCCCUCUAACACAUCGUGGACCCUCACGGAAGAGUCUCGUAUCAUCCUUACUCUCCCUUUUUGACCCAGAGACGAGGAGACAUCGCUCCACACCUCGACAAUCGCCCCGAGAUACUCGGCAGUUGUUUCUCCCCGUCUCAUCAGAAGAACGACUAUCUGUCGAGCCACAAACAGCUGUUCGGACCUCAGGCACUUUUGGAGUGCGAGACGAUGGGUCUGUUUCGGAAGAUCCGAAUAGAAGUCCUCUGUCUUUGGUCCGCCCCAGGACCCGGACUGAGUCGGGUCCUGAUCCAUCGGCUCUCUCUACCGCCACCAGUGGUCUCAGCGGUACAGGAUCUGCCAAAUCUCUGGCAAUCCCAAGAACUCUCUUCGUUCAGAACCUGCCGCUUCAGGCGCCUAUAGAAGAGAAGAUGAACCCAAUCGAGACGCUGCAGAUUAUCCCGGCAGCAACGGACAAGGCAAGGUCGGACCAUGAGUCAAAGUCAAUUCACCCUUCAGAACCUCUCUUGAGUGCCUCGCCUGAGGUCUAUCUGGAGGAUGUCGGAGACUUGAGCACCCCUCACCAACCUGGACGAACCCAACGCGACGUGUCGAAAGGGAGCUCGACAUCUGAUCAUACUUUUGGAGGCGACAGUCCAGCGGGAUUGCCCAUUGGUGAAGAUCGGACAGGACAUGCCAAUCCGGCUCUCCGUGUGCCGGUCGACUCGCGUACACCCGCACAGGUGGAUAAAGGUAGUACUCAAGUCGCUCUUGUCGCGCCUUUAUCUCUAGGCGGACCUUUGCCCGAUGCGGAGCAUGAUAGUCGACGACGUUCGUCUGCACGAGUAUCACCGACGCGUCCUUUGCCUCGUUCCCCGCCUGACUUGUCUACACACAGUGAAGUGCCACUCGCCGGUCAGCUCAACCGUCCAGAUGCGCUUCGAGCUCAUUCCGACUCCCAAGUACCGUCCCUCGUAUCUCUUAGACCUGUAUCGAUCCAGUCGGGACCAGCAACUUCCAUCACGCCUCGAGGGUCCUUCGUCUUCCCUCAGGCGGCUGCUCUCAUCCCAGUCCCUGUGCCGACACUCAACGUACCCGGUCCGCCUGAAUAUCCACCUGAAGUCUCGAGAGAGUCUUCUUGGUCUGCUCAAGAGCCACACGGGUCUGUCAACGAGUCGGACGCCUCUAUUCGAUCGGAUCAAGUGGAGGACACAUCUACAUCGCCAAAAACAGAGGAAGGUCGGGUCAUUCAAGCUGGCGACCCGGAAUCAUCGUCAGAUCAACUUAGCGAGCCACCCAGAGCUCUACCGAGGAGUAAUCAGUCCCUCGACUCUCGAUCGCGACAUUCUCUUCCUAGGGCGCAUCCUCAACCAUCCUCUCACCAUCCUACUCUUUCAACUCCCACUACAUCGAUCCCAGGCGCCGCGUCCCAGGGCGACUCGACUCUUCCCUUACUCAUUGCAUCUCAGAUACUUUCAGCUCACGGGACUCAUCUGAUGCAACAGUCUUCCAAUGUUCAGGACAUAUCCGAGACCAUCAGACAGAUGGCAAAGGAGUCUUUGGACUGGGGAGGAAUACUCAUGCGCUUGUCUGAAGAAUCCCGAACGAGGCAGACAGAUCGCCAGCGACCGGUCUCUAUGCCUCAGCCUUAUUCCCGAUCGGCUCAAGACUUCCUUGGAACAAUGGGCGAAGAUGUACCUCCCGUACCCGGGCUCCCAGUCGGAAGUCGAUGGGAUCCCCUGUUCAGCGAAGAAAGAGCCCAGAGGCCAUCGGAUCACUAUUACCCUCCCGAUCCGGACCCCCUUCACGAUGCCUGGCUCAGGUUGCAUGGCAGUCGUAAUUCCACGGUUCAAGAGCCAUUUGCCGGAUUCCCUGACCGUCAGCGAUCUAGCGAGAAUCAUCGGCGCUUGAGUCCUCCUGGAAAUGAUCGGCGUCGGCCCUAUCUCCAAGAGCGCUUUUAUCCAGAUUACACGCGUGACGGCUCUGACCGACGUGAUUCAGCGGCUAGUCUUUCCCGGGAACAACGAGCUCGCCGGACGCAGUCCCUCGAGCAUCCUCUUUGGUUGGUCCAGGAAGCUGAUCGAUUGGGAAAUCGAGGCUGGUCAGACAUUCACCGUGCGCAAGAGGCGUGGCGAACGGCCAUGUCGUACUUGCAACGAGCUAUUGUUGACAGUGAAGGUCCUGUCGUUGAUACGAGGAGGGAUGGUCACAGCGAUCAGCAUCCCGUUGUUUCGACACCUCCACGCGCGGCGUCGUUUCAUCACCAGGCUCCCCUUGAUCUGCAAAGUAGCGAGAGAGGGCAAAUAUAUUUCGGUCCACCUGCGGACCGGAACAGUCGUGGCCCUAAUCCCACCACGAAGCAAGGAUCCACACGAGCAAGCACUCCAAGUCGAUACGGACCCGAGGGAGAGUCACUGCCAUUGCCUCUUUCCUCUCGUCCAAUUCAGCCCAUCAGUCCUAUCCAAGAAUCCUCCGAGUCUGCUUGCGGCCGACCGGGUGGUGUUGAAUCCGGCUUGACUCGAAUGAUCAGUGGGUCGUCCUUUCUGCCUCGAGCGGAGGACAUGAUAUCGCAGGAGAACAAACGAUUCGAUUCUUCAAUCUUCCAUCAAGGAAACACGAAAGCGCGUCGGGUCCUUGAUGGUGGCGAUCCAAGAGAUCCAGAAGCACCAUCUCUACCUCGUGCUCAGACCUAUUCGCUACCUCUUCCGUAUCUUCGUCCAGAACUGCAAGGUAACUUUCAUGCCCAGUCUGUCGGACCCGGCAUCCAGGCAUCUCUCCGCAGAGCCGAGAACAUCCGGUACGACGAUUUUGCAGUCCCUAGAUUCGCUCCAGUCCGUCCAUCGCACGAGCGGACAGCCACUGCCACUUCAACAGCAGCGUCAAGGAAUGGAACUAGGCGAAAGUUGCGUAAAGGCAUGAGGCGGAGUCCGACAAGCGGUACGAUGACAAGCACUGGGAGUGGGACGAUCAGGGGGACGAUGGCUUCCCGAGCCGGUGCUGGAGGCAGACUGCACCCAACCGCGCAAUAUGGAUCGGUGGCUAGUAGAGGAGGAAGUCGACCGACUCUUCGGGUGAAUAGUCAGAGUCCGCCUGGUUCUAGACCUGGCUCGCGAGCUGGGAGCGAGUCUGGCCAUCGACGACGAAGUGUUACACGUACAGUCAGUGGUCAGACCAAGAAGCAUUGGUGGUCUAGGCGAAAGUGACAUUGUGGAAUGGCACCACAACAUACAGGGUUC